AUGGCAGGUACUGUUAAUUCAAUAACGUUUACAUCAUAUUGUUUGCGACAGCAACAAACAGAUAAUCGUUCAUUAUUUACAAAUGAAGCAACAGUGGAAAAUAUAUACAAAUUCGUUGAAUUACAUGAAAUGAAUAUAACUAGUGGUCAGAUGUUAUUUAAUUGGUGGUCUGCAUCCGUAGAUAUAGUUGAACAAUAUGAAAUUUAUUUACAAACAAAUAAUACACGUAUGAAUGAUUAUGUGUACUGUAAAUGUCGUAAACCAUGGUUUGGUCCGCACUGUGAAUUUAAAUUUGAUACCGACGAUAAUGAUACGACAACGUCAAAUUUUACAAAAUUUGCUCAAAAUCAAUUUCUUAAAAAAAGUUUAGUAAAGACUGAGUCGAGAAUAAAUCAUGGUGAAAUUUUCAAGUAUACGAAUGGAACAUCUUACAUCGGUUUAGAAUGCAUACGUUACGGCAUCGGUUUAGAUUGGAGAGAAAUAUGUGAUGGCAAAAUCGAUCGUGUGAAUGGCGAAGACGAAGAAAAUUGUUUCCAGUUAGAAAUAAAUGAAUGUGACGAAUCAUUUGAAUUUCGUUGUCGAAAUGGUUUAUGCAUACCACUUAGUUUCUAUUAUGAUUUAAAUGUCGAUUGUUUAGAUCAGAGUGAUGAGAUCCUAGACGGACCAGUAUUCAAUUAUUGUCGGCGUGACCCAUCGAUUCUUUGUCAUGAAUUAAUGUGUCCUCCAAAUGAAUUUUCAUGUGGUGAUGACCAAUGUACGUCACAUGGCGAAUUGUGCGGUUUUCCACGUGAUCUAUUAAAUAUACAUCGAUCAUUUACAAUAAAAGGAUUUUCUACAGAUUGUGGAUCUCUUAUUGCAUGUUUCUAUCUAAUUCUACCCAGGUGUUCAUUGACCUGGCAUACUCUAUAUCAAAUGCUGGAUUAUAGUUGUCCAGAUGAACCAUUUCUAUUUCCACCAUACCCUGUGCUGUACAAUCAUAUAUAUUUCGUUUACACAUCUGAACUAAUGUUCACGUAUACACCCUAUUAUAUUUGUUAUGAUCCACAGUGGUGUAAACAAUAUCCACCUACUAUAAAUUUUAAAGAUUUUGCUUGUCGAUAUGCUUUUGCGGACAUGGAUCUACAAGAAUCAUACUCAAACUGGGAACAAUUAAUUAUCGCUGUAAAACAGAUAUUUCGAGCAUGUACACUACCACAUUUGAAAAUUCUAAAUGCACAAACCAAUGGUUUGUGUGAUGAGUCUAUUUCUUACUCCAAAUAUUUAUUCGCACCAAAGAUAGAACAAUACAAUAAAGUACAAUACACUAAACGCCACGAAUACAAAUGAGAGGAAAAUCUUCACUAUAUAUACGCGCGC